GAGUCGCUGUGGUUUCCGGUCUUAUGGAACACAUAACCUACUGCACACAUGUUUCCCUGUUUUUGUGUGUUGCCUAAGUGAAGUAUUGUCUCAAUUUAACUGUAAAAAUGUCUGACUCAAGUGAAUAUGAGGACGUCGUAAGUGAAAAUGAAGAUGUAGAUUAUGACUCCGACGCUGAGCUUCAGAGGGCUUUUGCCAAGGGCAUUAUCAAACCUGGCCUCAACGUACCUGUAGAACCUAAGAAGGUGUUCACAAACAAUGUGGAAGGACUCAAAACCAGACUUCGUGACAUUCAACAAAGCUUAAAAUGGGUUGAACGACUGGAUCUUACCACAGGCUUAGCACCUAUUGCACCUGAAAUGGCCAUUUAUAUAUCCGAAAAAGAAGAUGAUUCUAAAUCUGGCAAAGUGAAACAAGCCAAGGCCAAGACCCUAGACCCAACUCUUGAUGAUUUUAAAAGAGAAAUGAACUUUCACCGUCAAGCACAGGCAGCUGUACUUGAGGGUAUUCCAAAAUUAAACAAUCUUGGUGUCAGGACCAAAAGACCUGACGAUUAUUUUGCUCAAAUGGCAAAAUCAGAUGAUCACAUGCAGAAGGUGCGUGAUUCACUUUUGAAGAAAAAAGCUGGUUUGGAAGUUAGUGAGAAAGUUCGUAAGGCUAGAGAAAAUCGUAAGAUGAUGAAGCAAUUGCAAGUCCAAUCACAGCUGAACCGUCAAAAGGAGAAGAAAGAGUUAAUAGAUGAGGUUAAAAAAUACAGAAAAGGCAUUCGGACAGAUUUAGAUUUCCUUGAGCCUGGUGGUGGUAAGAAGCCUGGACAGCAAAAACGCCCUGCACCAAACAAUAAAAACAGCAGGUCUGCAGAUAAACGAAAACACAAAGACUCAAAGUUCGGCUUUGGUGGCAAGAAGAGAGGAUUAAAAACCAACACAAAGGAAAGUGCUGCAGAUGUAGGGGGGUACCGCCCACCAAGGAAACCUGGUGUAAAAAAUAGGAAUAUGAACAAGAAGAAUCGGCCAGGGAAGAGUAAGCGCAAUAACAACAAAAACUCUAAGCGUAGAUAAUAAUCUGAUGUACUCUUUAAGUUAAAGUGUAAGUAUUGAAUCUGUUGAAACCCAAACUGUUUUAAAAUACACAUAUGUAUAUUUUGAAUUAUCAUCAAAUUGUUGUGACUGCAUAUUCUGACAACCAAUAAAGGAGACUUAUGGUUAAUGUACCAUAAAUCAAACAAUACCAAUCAA